UCUUCGAGCAACGCGAUCGAAAAAGGCUACCGGGCAUACUACAAUAUAUUUUUAAUAAGGUCAUAUAAAUUUGGUCAUUUAUACAAGUACUUGCGACAAAUUAUAUUCAUUGCAAUCAAAUGUACCAAUAUCAAGCAGGUGACAACAAUGGCGCCUAUCCGGAUGCGGAGGCGGACAAGAACUUUUCAUUCGAUGAUCAGAGCAUACGAAAAGGAUUCAUCCGCAAAGUCUACCUCAUUUUAAUGUGCCAACUUCUGAUCACUUUUGGAUUCGUAAGCGUUUUCACGUUCUCGAAAGCCACACAGGACUGGACUAUGCAGCAUCCGUCGCUCUUCUGGAUUGCUCUGGCAGUGCUCAUAGUGACCAUGAUCUGCAUGGCCUGCUGUGAGAGCGUGCGCCGAAAGACGCCAAUUAAUUUCAUCUUCCUGUUCCUCUUCACGCUGGCCGAAUCCUUUUUGCUGGGCAUAGUUGCCGGACAAUAUCAGGCUGAUGAGGUCCUGAUGGCUGUCGGCAUCACGGCAGCUGUGAGCUUAGGACUGACGCUGUUUGCACUGCAAACAAAAUACGAUUUCACGAUGUGUGGAGGAGUGUUGGUCGCCUGCCUGGUGGUCUUCAUCAUUUUCGGCAUCAUUGCUAUCUUCAUACCUGGAAAGAUCAUCGGACUUGUCUACGCCUCGUUGGGUGCUCUGCUCUUCUCCGUUUAUUUGGUGUACGACACGCAACUGAUGCUCGGUGGGAAUCAUAAGUACUCGAUCAGUCCGGAGGAGUACAUUUUUGCAGCUCUGAAUCUUUAUCUGGACAUCAUCAACAUCUUCAUGUACAUACUUACCAUUAUUGGGCUUGCUCGCAACUAAAUGGGAGCUCACCUAAUCUAUUUAUUAUAUAAGCUAACCGAGAUUACGUGCUAGUGUCGAGUGGAGAACGACACGAAAGAAAUAAAACUAAACAACGAAUUCAACAUG